AGCCCGUAAUAAUAAGCUAUUAUUCAAUCUUAUUGUAGUUAUUUACCAAUUUAAGGUAUUUAUAAAAUAUAUCUGGCUAAGGAAUAGAAAAAAAAUACUUAUUCUAUUCAUGUUUCUGUAAGCAGAUACUUAAAUGUAAAACCACCAUGUAGCUGUCAUGACAUUAGAACGUGUUGUCUCUUCUGUGCACCUAGUUCUCGGAGAGUUUGUAUCAAUGCGGCAGGUUUGGGUCUAUUAAAUCACCAUUUAGGCUACAUGUCAUUGCAAAUUCUCACACAACACUGGUGCUAACCUGUCACCAGGCAACACGUCAGUUUGCUGUGAGAGGAGGAUGAUGAAGAUGAUAAAGGAUGAGAGACAGUCAGAAAAAGAUAUGUUGCCCUGUGCUUGUUCUCACUUUGCAGGAUGUGCUGUCAUAUGUUAUUAUGGCUUAAAUACAGUGAUAUUUGUCGUUAAAAUGAUUUAAAUUUCAGAAGUAGGUUGACUAGGUUCUUAUUAAUUUUUAGAAAAUUAACAUCCUUGUUAUCUUUCCAACUGAUAGCUUGUUUUGUUUGUGUUUCAGUCCACACAGACACUUGGCUCUGCAUUUGACAUAACUUUCAAUUUAGAGGCAAGUCAAGGUGAAUAGAAGAAAAAGUGCCUCCUAAAGUUUAGACAUAUGAUAGUCGCAGACGUAGCUGCCUGCUACAAAAUGAAAACAAUCAAAAAAAAUUUAGUUUUUGUUUCUCUAACCAGAUAUUUUAUAUUUCUAUUAUAUCAAAUAGGAAAUUGAAAAAUGUACAUUGUUAUUGGUUUUGAGUGCCUCUAUAUUGCUAUUUGAUAGCCUCUUACUGGAGAGAGGCCCCACAAAGCCCCCAGGCUGGGAUUCAAGGUGCUACAAACUGCAUGCUGUCCUAGUUUAAUACUUGAUCGGUUGAAAAAGGUCAUAGAAGUACAUGAAGUUGAUGCAAAAACCUGUAAAACUAGUUUUGUAACAUUACAUGAGCUUAGGACGAACACCGGUGAGCUGCACCUGGGAGAAACAGACAGACACAAGCGCGACAUGAAGGCGCUCUGUUGUAACUGCUCUUCCUCCUUCUGCCGGAGUUGAGGUUAGCUCAGAGAGCAGCUUUGCCCUCAGUACAGAGACAACUCUUCCGGUGCCAACCUCAAGCUCUGACAGAAACUGAGACAUCCGCCGAGCAACACCUUUUAAAGACGAGUCGCUUUGAAAUACGCAACCAUUCAGACGAAGUAGUAGGAAGCAGAAACUGAGGCAGAUAGGAAGUCUUUAAAAGAGUCAGCGAGCUGGCCUCCUGAGCUUCUAGUGUGCUACAAGUUAGAGGAAGGAGAUGCUGCUGAGGUGAAGGGAAAGGAUUAAGGUGUUAAAGCUUAAGUUCCUGAUGGCGUCCGCUUCUGGUAGCAGAGAGAAGGAUCUGCCUCCAAUACUGCCUGUCAAACAACACAGACGUUCCAGUGUGGAGUCAGACUCUGUCUUCAGCCCCACUGGGUUUCAGCAUCCCAGCUUUGCAGACAGCAAUGUCUUCUCUGAGCCCACUGACUGUCAUGCAGCCCAGUGUCCCAUCCACCAGCGCUACGAUCCGUUCAAACACCAGACGAGAUUCUUCUCCGAUGGCACACCACCUCCUGUUCCAAAGAAGAAGCUGACCCGCGCCCUCUCUCUCCCCGCCAUUGAGCCACCUGCACACUAUUCCCUCUCUCCACUCUCUCCUCUGCAAAGACGUCCUCAAAACUUUGACAACCCCCUCUACAUGAUGGCACCGAUACCCGAUAUUUGUAUGCAUGACGAGACUCAAGACUUGAAACCAGCCAGAAGAAGCCCCACUCCCUUGCAGCCCCUGUCCCAGCUGUCCUUUGAUACCCCAGAUGAACACCUUACCUCCGUCUUUGGGAGCUUUGAGGACCAGCGUGUUGUCUCAGGGAGGAUUCAGCAUCGUCAGCUGCUCUUCCUUCGAAGCAUGGCUAAGAGCGUUGAGGAGCGCAGCGUCCUAAAGGUGAAAGAAAGGGAAUGCGACUCAUAUGAGCCUCAAGAUUUCCUGCUGUGUGAGGGGAGCAAGCCAAAGAAGAUCGGAGACAAGACCUACUACAGCCUCCAGAGCCCAAAGUUCCCCGGGAGGGUGCUUGGUUUGAGGGCAUGCAAAGGGACGAAGAACGCUCCAUCGACUCGAAACAAAGAAAACCUGCAUGCGAAUGUGCAAGAUGUCAUAGCUUAUUUUCAGCCAAGCAUUGAUAAGGAAAGCGAAACCAACGCAAGGCAAGAUCUUUCCACCACUGGAGAGUCAGACUGCAGGGCUCCUGAUCCACCAGACGGAGGCAGCAAUGAGAAAGCGCCUUGUUGUCCCAGCAUGACGUCUCUCACAGUUAACUCUCUCCUUCAGAGAGGACACUGUGUGAGCGUGGAACGUGAUCUGCCGCACGCCACCCUGGAGGACUUUGUUCAGGACAGCUGCUUGGUGAAGCCCAGCGACUGUCAGAAUUACAACAGGCAGGUGUGUGUUCUGGUGUUGCAGGUCCUAAUGGGGUCACACCACCUGCACAGCAACAGUGCUGCUGCAGCUGAGCUCAGACCCAGAGAGAUCCUUCUGGUCUGGCCCGGCAGGCAGAGAUGUAAAGGGGGAGAUGUGCUGGAACAGGAUGGUCAAAUAGGUUGGGUGCAGGAGUUGUGGAGGAAAUAUGGCUGUCCUCGUGUGCUAGUGACACCGCAGUCUGCUGCUUUGGCCCCUCAGGCUCUUUCCUCCAUUAAAUGCCAAAUGGGAGCCCUAAUUCAGUUCUGCCUGCGCCCACAGAAAACCCACAAAGACCCUACUCUGUCUGUAUACCGGACGGGGCUUCUUCAUUUCUCCUCUCUGCUUCAGAGCGAGAGCGGCCCCCAGAUGACGGACAUAAUAGCCAUGCUGCAGGUGCUCCUGUGGGGGCCCCGGGUCUCCAUAUCCAACCACAGAGGCUCCUUGUCGGUCACGGCUGUGCAGAACUGGCUGACUGUCAAGCGAGCCCUGCUGGUGAUGAAGCUGGCAGAGGUGGGACUGAUCGAGGAUCCGCCUGGUGUGGACUGGGAGGACUGCAUGUGUCUGAAGUAUCUGCCAUUUACCGAUUCUGAAACGGUAAUGGGUGCGGCUAUGCAGCUUUCCAACAUCCUGAGCUGAGUUUAGCAAGAUAUUUUCAGAAUCCAUCAGGUGCAGAGGACAAAAUGCUUUCGGAGAGCUUCAUCCUUCCAUUAGCUCCUCUGUUCAUAUUGAUGUAAAAUAAAAUAAAUAUCAAAGAGAUGAGAUCCUUAA